GAUUGCUAUAAAAGGUAUUUUUCCUUAAUUUCCUCAUCAAAACUGUUUGUCAACAUGAUUUCGAAUACUUUGAGUAAUAACUUUUCCACAUUAAGUACCACUUGAUUAAGUUUAAUCCUCCGGAAAGUGUGAAAUAAAAAAUACAGUGUUGUGCAAACAGUGCAAAUUGGAAUCUUGAAGUUUUUACGAGCGAAAGUAUUCAUUUUUUUAGAUACGAACAGAGGUGUGUCGUGAUUUUAUUCUCAAAGUGUAUAAACAAAUUAUUUUCUCGCGGUGCUUUUAACCCUAACACAAAAAAAAACAGUUUCGAAAUAUAACCUAGAAUUUUUUUGGAGCAGCCCUAUUUUCUAAUUUUAGGUCGUGUUUUUCUCAAAAUUCUGCGGUGCUAUUGUAGAAAAUUGCUUCUCUAAAUGUUAUCUUUUUUAAAAAUCAAAACAGUGAAUGAGGAUGGAAUUUCGUUCGUUGAUUUUUUUAGACAGGAUCAUGUGCGACGCAUAAAUCGAGACGACCAGAAAUAUAUUUAUUGUGGCCUAAUUUUGGAUUAGGAAAGUGAAUAAUAAGCGUUGAUGCUUAAACAAUAUUUUUUUAUUCUAAUGAAACAAGAUGCCUUCCACCUGUGGCGAUGUCGUCGAUUUGACUGUCGUGGCACCGCAGUCGACAGUCGACGGAAUUUCGAGUACAGACAGUGUUGGUACACACAGCGAUGUUUCUGGACAUACAGCAAUUUCUGGAAGACCAAGAAUGGACGUAGCUUGCGUCCUGGAUCUUCAGCAACCCGAGCACCUCGCGCAACGAAAAAAGGCCCUGGAAGAAAUCAGACAAGCCUGCAAUUUAGUCAAUUGCAAAAUGCAUCAUAUUCAGUUUGAGAAGCUGGACUUUGGAGAAACGAAUGUGUUGGACACUUUUUACAACGCAGAUGUUGCCGUUGUUGAUUUGAGCAUUCAACUUCAACAAUCCGCACUUUUUUAUCAUCUAGGGGUCCGCGAAAGUUUCGGUAUGAAGGAAAAUAUUCUCUUGAACAACGACACUGAUGCGGAAGCAACAAUCAGGCUCAAAUUAUCAUGCGGAAGUUACACUUUUGUUUCGUAUCGAGUGAUGGAAUGUGGAACCUGUGUAGCUACAAGUCCAGCAGCAAGUAGAGUCACUGGUGAUGAAGUUAUCGACCCAAAACAGCAUCUGACUCUGAAACUGAGGAAAUUGUUUCAAGAUGUUGAAAUACAAUCCAAAGCUCAUAUGAAGGAAAAAUUCUUGGCAGACUUGCGAAAAGCUCGUGACACACUUUCUGGAGAGGAGCUUUCGAAAGCUCUGAAUAAUAUGCGAAAGCGUUUGGAUGAUCCGAACGUUCUUUCCGGAGAAGUCGUGCUCAAUGUUUUAAUUUCCUUCCGCGAAAUACAGGAUUACGAUGCAAUGGUCCAACUUGUAGACGAUUUGAGAACGAUACCAAAUCACAAAAAUUCUAUAAAUACUCCAGCGAUUCGCUACUUAUACGCCUUUGCCUUAAAUCGGCGAAAUAAGGAAGGCGACCGGGAAAGGGCUUUGCGUGUUAUUGAGAAAGCUUUGGAGAAAAAAGAGAAUCACGUUCCGGAUAUGCUUUGCUUGUGUGGAAGAAUAUACAAGGAUAAAUUUGUCGAAAGUCGACAUUCUGAUCACGACAGUUUAAAUAAUGCAAUUCACUGGUACCGGAAAGGAUUCGAGGUUCAGCCAAAUGAAUAUGCGGGAAUAAAUUUAGCCACUCUUUUGGUGAUAGCCGGGAAUGAAUUUUCAAAGAGCGAAGAAUUACAGCACAUAGGAAUGGUGCUUAAUAAUUUAAUUGGUAAAAAGGGAAGUCUUUCGAGUUUGAAAGAUUAUUGGGACGUCGCAACUUUUUUCGAAAUAAGCGUUUUGGCCGAAGAUUACACGAAAGCUAUUCAGGCUUCGGAGUGUAUGUUUAAAUUAAAGCCGCCCAACUGGUAUCUGAAAUCGACAAUAGGAAAUAUUUCGCUGAUAGACAGGUUUCGAAAGAAGAACGAGGAGACGGAAAUUUCGCCGGAGGAGCAGGUUUUCAGCUUCUGGAUGGAUUAUUUCGUCGAGGCUACAAAAUCUGAAGUCGGCGACAGCAUUCGCUUUCCGCUUUUGGUUCUGGAGCCGACGAAAAUACUGAUGCCAAGCUACGUAAAUGUGAAUCUUGGGGCCGAAGAAAAGUCGAUACAGAUCUGGAAUUUGUGUCUGGACAAUAUGAAAGAAAGUUGCAAGCAGAAUCACGACUGGCUUUUUUUUGCGAAUAUGAUUCGCAGUGUCAGUUUGUACAAGAGAGACGAGAGGUGUCUUUUUUUGUAUGUCCAUCAGAAUUCGGACGACUUUCAAAUGUAUUUUCCGUCCAUACAAUGCAGGCAAAGAUUUUAUGAUCUCGUUUUGGAAAUGACGAGGGAUCAGGAGGGAAUGGUGACGGAUUUGGACGCUUAUAUGACUGACGACAGAAUGAAGUUUGAGUAUGAACUUGAUGAGCAGAAUAAACGAAUUGUUUUGGGAAAAGGGACAUACGGAAUUGUCUAUGCUGCUCGCGAUUUGAACACUCAAGUGAGAAUUGCAGUGAAGGAAAUUCGCGAAAGAAAUUUAGGAGACGUGCAACCCCUUCACGAGGAAAUUAAAUUGCACAGUCAGUUGAGGCACAGAAAUAUCGUUCAGUAUUUGGGUUCAGUGAGCGAGGAAGGAUACUUUAAAAUUUUCAUGGAACAAGUGCCUGGAGGAAGUUUGUCAGCUUUGCUUCGUUCAAAAUGGGGACCCUUGAAGGAGAACGAAUCCACAAUUUCCUAUUAUACGAAGCAAAUUCUCGAGGGAUUGAAGUAUCUUCAUGACCAGAAAAUUGUCCACAGAGAUAUCAAAGGGGAUAAUGUGUUGGUCAAUACCUACAGCGGAGUUGUUAAAAUAUCAGAUUUCGGUAUGUCGAAACGCUUGGCUGGCCUUUGUCCGAGCACCGAAACGUUUACAGGGACGUUGCAGUACAUGGCACCAGAAGUAAUCGACAAAGGCCAACGCGGUUACGGCGCACCGGCAGAUAUCUGGUCCCUGGGAUGUACGAUAGUGGAAAUGGCAACGGGGAAACCCCCUUUUAUAGAACUCGGUUCGCCCCAAGCUGCUGUCUUUAAGGUUGGCUACUACAAAAUUCAUCCGGAAAUUCCUUCAGAAUUGUCCGAGAGGGCAAAGAGUUUUAUUCUCCGUUGUUUCGAACCGAAUCCAGACGUUCGAGCAAACGCUGCAGAAUUAUUGGAAGAUCCUUUCCUCACUGAGAAAAAAAAGACUUCUCGAUUGGCAGCACCGCCUGAUUUUAGCAGAAGUAUAUCCGUGCCUGCUGAGAGGUUGGAACGAUUAGGGAAAUGCGAUAAGACCAACAACAAUCACAUCGUCCCGGCCGCCCCGAUUCAAGCCUCUCAAUCUGACGACAGUACAAUAGGCAGUACGCCUUCCAUAGAGACAACUGAGUCGGAAACAGCAGGUGCUUCCAUGACGAGAAGAAGUUCCUCUGGGGUGUUAUUGUCACCGGAAGUGGAAAUUAGUGGACAAUUGGGUCAGAAAGCUGGCGAAGAACAAGAAGGAUUCUACCUUUUGAAAAAGGACAGUCAGCGACGAAUGACUCUCACGAGAGUUUUGGGCCAAGACGAGACGAAGAUUUGUGAAGUUUGGAUGAGAAGUAUUCAUCAAGACGUUGGCCAAACUGUUCUCCGUAUGAGUCACUUGGAGCUGCUAAUGCGCAGUUUGAGGGACUACAUCUCCGAACAAAAUCAGGAUGUAAUCACCUCAGCAAUUCGAACUCUAAAGGAGGAGCUGGACUUCGAUUCGACCGCAAUAAAUCAUUUGCAAUUGGCCAUUUAUCUUUUUCAAACUGCGGUCAAUGAAGUGCUCAGGAUGCACAGUAUCAAGCCCCAUUGGAUGUUCGCUUUGGAUAAUCUAGUCAGGAACGCUGUCCAAGCUGCCAUCACUGUUCUUUCUCCUGAACUUGGUGCUAAUUUACUGGGACAAGAGCGAGUUCAGACUUCCGGGGAGGGUCCAGAAGAAGGUUCCACUUCCGGCGUGUCGACAGUAAAUUCCGUGAAAUCCCAAAAAACCCUCGAUUCGAUUGACAAUAAAUACUGGAGGGAAUAUCGCGAUCAAAUGGGGACCCUGAAAGUUGAGAAUAUGAAGCUUCUCCAGGAGUUGAUGGACAGUCAAAAAAAUUAUCAGACCUUGUUGCAUCAAGCUUUGGAAGAGCAGAAAAAUCAGGUUGGAGUGUUAAUUCAGCUCUGUGAAGCGAUUAAUAGAAGAACGAUCAGACACGAGUCAGGGUAUCAUUCGUCUACAUCGGGAGGCGAUACUGCCUCUUCAGUUCCAACUUUUCUACCUCAAAUCAGCGUAACAGAUCACAAUUCUACGUCAUCAGACACGAUACUUGUCGAGUGGUUGCAAAAACUUGAUCUAGACGAAUCGUCGAUCGAAAGGUUUUUGUACGAAGAAUAUACUUUUGAAGAUGUGAUGUACCACAUUACGAGAGAGGAUCUCCGCAGAUUAAACUUGAGAGGUGGUGUGGAGCUCAGGAUAUGGAAAGCAAUUUUGCAACAUCGAAACGAGAACUGAUCGAAAAAAUUUUCGGGAAUUUCGCGCACAAUUUGUGAUACGGUAAAUCAGAGCACUUUAAUUUAAGAUUCGAUUUUUUUUUCUCAUUCUGAUAACACGGCUUCAAUCACAAUAACCUGAAAGCUCGUCACGUUUUUCAAUGUUAAAUAUAAAAUAAGAAACUAAACCGUUUCCAAGAGCCCAGCGCACAAUUUAUUUUUAUAUUCGCAAAAGUCAUUCUAGUCUUUAUACAGCUUCUUGAAAUAUUUACGCGCGUCUAAUUUUAAUUCCGUAAUUAAUGGAUAAGAUCUCACCUUAAUUUGAUCCGCCCAGUGCCUUAAGGAUUAAAAAAAAAAAAAUUAGGUCCGAAUUUUGCUCUUUGCCUUAAUAACUAUUUUUCUACUCUCUGGAUCUACCCGAUCGAUGAGACUUGGUCUUCCAAUAAUGCGGAAAACAAUAUUUCAAAGUGUUCUUCCCUAGGUUAUAAUACUGUAAAUAGUGAGUUUUUUAGCCUAGGAAUUUUACAAUGUGUCAAGAUAAUGUAAUUUUUGUUUGGAUUCAUAAUUUUUUUUGUAAAGGUAAAAUUUUGAUAAGCAAAAGUUUUCGGAUUUUUAGCCGAAGGUUGCGUGUUCGAUUCUUGGUGCCUGCACUUUUUUUUCAAUUUUUUUUUUUGGCUUUUUAUUUAUUAAAAUGGUUUAUAUUUGAAUGUAAAUAAUUAAAUAUAAAAAUACCGAGUUACA